AUGCGUCUCACCACAUUUACGGGCGCAACACUGCUGGUUGGCGCGGCUGCCUCCUCGGCUGCCGUUGACGGUAGCUUCUCACCAGCUGUAAUAUCUGCACGCACCGCUGCGUCUGAUCUUGCAAGCAUCGAUACUGGAGGCGAUGAUGAGCUCGCCGAAUGGCUCAAGACCAGCGCUCAGUCGUCAGUCGUGAAAGCCUGCCCUGAAAGCUGCAGCGAGCUGAAGGAAGAUGACGAUGAUUCGGGCCGGUAUCUCAUUCCAGAUGAGGAUAUAUUGUCAAGAUGCAACGAAACAAUGCUGGUUGAGAUUGUCGUAAAGAGCAAAGACUCCAAAGCCAUCAGGGCUUGCGUCGGAGACUACGGCGAAAGUGUCAAGGCCGCUUUCAAGGCGGAAAGUGACAAAGCUGCGCUUUGCGAGACCCCCAACUACGACUUGACUACCAGCAAGAUCUCAACUUUCACGGGGUUCCCUCAGGACAUGCAAAGCAAUGCUCAGGGUGCAGCCAGCCAGUCCUUUGACGCCAAGGAUGCCAUCUCGGCUCUGCAACAAGUCUCUCGCCAUUUGCAGACCAAGAUGCCCUCAUGUACAAGCAACGUCAUUGAGUUUGGAUACAGCAAAUCAGCUGCGGUCGGCAUUUUCGUCGGCAGCGAGCAUCACCAGCACGGUCUUACUCAAACAAUUAUUGACAACGUCAUCAAGGACUUGCAAGAGAAGGGAAUCUCUGAAACGACUGGAUUUGAGCUUUGCCACGGGGACCAUCUGGGCGCAGACUACUCAGCCGGUAUCAUUCUUACCAGUGCCGGCAAUCUAUACAAAGCAAAGGAUGCUUUGGCUACCUGGGCUCACGGAACAUGUUUUUCUUCCGGUCACGGCAGCAGCUGGAUGGACGUCACGGUUCGCCUUCCCGCCAUCAAUGGUAAAUCCAACAGCACAUCCAACGACACAAACUCGACUUCGACCAUGCAGUCGCGACAGCUCAAACCAGUGCUUCUCGCCCGAGCUGACUGCAAGACUACUACUGUCGAUAAGGGCAUGGGCUGCUGGGACGUUGCCAAGAAGUGUGGUAUCACUGCAGAAACCCUGCAGAAGUAUAACCCUCAAAAGGACUUUUGCAACACUCUGGUGGUUGACCAAAAGGUGUGCUGCUCAUCAGGAACACUCCCUUCUACCAUCCCCCCAGCAGGCGACGGCGGACUUUGCAAGACAAAGGAAGUCGUCGCCAAGGAUACUUGCGGAUCCCUAGCAAGCAAGUGUGGCUUGACGCCACAGGACUUCACAAAAGUCAACUCCAAAGAGGGCCUGUGCAGUUCAUUGGCACCGGGUCAGAAUGUAUGUUGCUCAUAUGGCAAGCUACCUGACAGGCGGCCCAAGCCCAACGCGGAUGGUACUUGCGCUUCGAUCACGACACAAGCCGACGACGACUGUUCCAAAAUUGCCGCCAAGAGAGAUCUUACUGCCAAAGAUAUCGAGGAAUUCAACAAGAACACAUGGGGCUGGAAGGGAUGCGACCUUGUCUUCCCAGACUACAGGAUGUGCGUCAGCAAAGGUGAUCCUCCCAUGCCUGCGCCUGUGGCAAACGCCGUCUGCGGUCCUACGGUGCCCAACACCCCUCAGCCUCCCAAAGGGACCAAUUUGACGACCUUGAACGAGUGUCCUUUGAAGGCUUGCUGUAAUGUUUGGGGUCAAUGCGGCCUUACAGAUGACUUUUGCACCUAUUCUCCUUCCAAAUCUGGCGCUCCUGGCACCUCUGCACUGCGAAAUGGCUGUGUUAGCAAUUGCGGCAGAGAGUUGAAGAAAGGACCCGCCCCCGAUAAGAAGAUGAAAGUUGCCUAUUUCGAGGCCUGGAACGGUAACAGGCCCUGCCUUCACAUGGAUGUUACCGAUAUUGAUACAUCAGCUUAUACGCACAUUCAUUUUGCAUUCGCUGAAGUGACACGUGACUUCAAGGUCGAUAUCAGCAAGGUGCAGAAGCAGUUCGACAAGUUCAAGACAAUGGAUGGAAUUAAGAAAAUUAUUUCCUUCGGUGGAUGGGACUUUAGUGCUCUUCCCGGAACGUUUGACAUUCUGCGCGAAGCUGUCAAGCCUGCCAACAGGAACACAUUCAAGCAGAACGUGGUUGAUUUCGUCAAAGCUAACAACCUCGACGGCGUGGACCUGGACUGGGAGUACCCUGGUGCCCCUGACAUCCCUGGUAUCCCCUCGGAUGACCCGCACAACGGUGUGAAUUAUUACUUCUUCCUGAAGACUUUGAAGGCUGCUCUUGGCAGCGACAAGUCUGUUUCAUUUGCCGCACCUUCGUCCUACUGGUAUAUGAAGUCCUACCCAGUAGACUUGAUGGCCCGUGAUAUCGACUACAUCAUUUUCAUGACGUACGACUUGCACGGUCAAUGGGAUUACGGCAACAAAUGGACAUCGCCAGGGUGCGACACGGGCAACUGUCUCAGAUCCCACGUCAACGACACUGAGACAAAGGACUCGUUGGUUAUGAUUACCAAGGCGGGUGUCCCCACCAACAAAGUCGUCGUCGGCGUCGCUAGCUACGGACGUUCGUUCAAAAUGGAAAAGGCCGGCUGCGACGGACCCAUGUGCAAGUUUACAGGGUCUCCGCGAGUGUCCAAUGCGGCCCACGGUCGCUGCACCGACACUGGGGGCUACAUUUCCAACGCGGAAAUUGCUGAAAUCAUUGAAGGUGGAAAGGUCAAUCGCAAGUGGCAGGCUGCUGGCUCUGAUAUUCUCGUCUAUAACGACACUGAGUGGGUUGCCUAUAUGACCGACGAUACCAAGGCGAAAAGGGCCGAAUUUUACGACUCCUACAACUUCCUCGGCACAACCGAUUGGGCAGUUGAUCUUCAGGACUUUGAUAACGAUGGUGGCGACGACGAUGACGAUGAUGGCAUGCACGGCAGUGCCGGUUACUUUGGCGAAUGUACAGGCUCAUACGACUCUCUUGACAGCCUGGACAAGGCCAAAGACAGCAUCCCAGACUACUGUGUCGACGAGUACGCUACCCAAGUUCAGCAAGCAAUGCUUCGGGACGCCAUCAAGCGUUACGACGACCUGGUGAAUGGUGACUACAACCACUACUUCGAUGUCUACGCAGGAUAUGUCAAAGACCAAGUGCCAGCGCAGAUUGAAGACUUCAUGGGCAGCAAAGACGCCCAACAAUAUUUCAAGUGUACCGAAACGGGAAAACCGAACUGUUGUGGGUCAUGUCACUACUUCUGUGAAGAAGAAGACGUCAAGAAUUGCGACAGGUCUCCAGGCUGUGACUCAACAAAGUCAGGAACACGUGAUAUCGACUGUCCCACGGACGUGGUCCAGCAUGAUUUCCUCGAUUCGUCGAAACUGCACAACGCGACCUUCAAUAUUAAGGACCGCGAAGGCUUUUUCAACGCGCUUAGCGAGAAGUACGGUAUCGAAGAGUCCUGGGUCGAGUUUGGUCGAAAAACGAUGCACGUGUCCAACGGAUGCCAAUACGCCGGUAAAGAUGUCAAAGAGUGUCAGGAUAAGCAAGAUAGCCAUUAUUAUGGCUUUCCUGUGCCCAAAAUGGAUGCUAUCCACGCUUUCAACCCAAAAGAUAUGAUUGAUAAGGGCUAUAAGAAUAUGACCACGACGCGUGACGACAUGGAUUUGCUCAUCUCAUUCUCUCAGUGGCAGAUUGGCAUGGAAUGGGAGGAUGCUGCUGACGGCACGGACAUCCCCGCCAUGUCCGUCGUGGCGGCCGUUGAUAACAUGAAGGAAAUCCGUGACAAGGGCAAAGAAAUCGAGAAGAAGGAACGCGAGGAAUUUAUCCUCAACAUGGUGCUAGGCAUCUUGUUCUUCAUUCCCUUCGUCGGCGAGGCAGCCGGCGCGGCCGGACUAACUGCCGCCCGCACGCUCUGCCGUCUUAUUGGUGACCUCGGCGACAUCGGUUUGACAGUUUAUGGCGUUGUGAAGGACCCCAAGGACGCUUUUGGCCUCAUCUUCGGUGCUUUGAUGGGUCGCGUGCUGGAUAAUGUGCAGCUGGGCAAGGCUGCUAAGGCAGGGCGAGACCUGAAGGGCAAGAACGGCCUAGACGACUUAAAGGGCAUCAAGGACAACGUCAACAGGCUCAACGGCAUCAGGACUGGUCGCGUGUGUAAGAUCUAA